GAAUGUGAUGGUUUGAUCUUACGGUGCCGGGAGGGGGAGAAAGUGAGAACCGACCGAAAGUUGUCCCAGAAAGUAUUUAGAGUACUUUAUCAUUUAGCCUGACUAACGCGAAAAAGGACGUGCUUUCCAACUCUUCCCUGAUUCUCCGCAUUGGCAUGAACAACGCGGGGCGAGCACUUUUGGGUGAAUUGCUACUUUAAGGUCUGACCUACUAGAUGAAGCAUCAUUGAAUCAGACGUGGAGAGAGAGACACACAAGCAGACACAAAGAGAGAGCUCACUCACAGUCACUGGCUGGGAAAGGAUGCAUCCCUGGAAAAUGAUCAUUUAUCCGCAUCAAACGUAGAAAAGGAGAGAAACAUCAAAGAAGAGAGUCUCUAAACUCACCGGACACAUUACAUAAUAGGAGUCUUUUAGAUCCCUGCAGUUACAGAGAAGGGACUGGCCACGCAAAUGCAUACCUCCCAAACCUCCCUGGUCAAAUAAAAAUCUUCCUUGGGUAUAGCACCACACAUCACACACUCACAUACCACACGUCACUACAGUGUCCAAUCAAUCAUGUCCGAGUACAAAGACACCACCAAUCGCCACUUGCGUCACAAGCUCCAGAGCCUGGGGCGCCGACUGGAUGAGCUGGAGGAGGCCACCAGUAAGCUCCAGAAGGCUGAGGAUGAGCUGCUGGACCUCCAGGAUAAGAUCAUCCAGGCUGAGGGCAGCAACUCGUCUCUGCUGGCCGAAGUUGAGACACUGAGGAAACGAGUGCUCAAGAUUGAGGGCAAGGAUGAGGAGAUCCGCAAGGCUGAAGACCUGUGUCGUUCAGUACGGGAGAAGCUGGAGGAGGAGGAGAAGCUGACCAGAGGACUGAGGGUGGAGAUUGAACGUCUUCAGGCAAGAAUGGCUGAGCUGGAAAAGCUUGAAGAAGCUUUUGGGAAGUGCAAGUCUGACUGCACCCAGCUGUGCCUCAGCCUUAAUGAGGAGAAGAACCUCAACCGCAAGCUUUCCACCGAGCUGGAGGCCCUUAAGGCUCGCCUGAAAGAGGUAGAUGCCUCGGAGGCCCGUCUGGACAAGGCCGAGCAGGCCCUCACUGCUGAGAUGGAGAGGCUCAAAGGCCUCACUCAAACAUUCUUGAGUGAGAGGAAGAGGCUUCUGGAGAAGCAGAAGGAGGACCGGGAGUUGAUCCUCAAGCUUACAGACAAACUUGAGCAACAAAAGAACCGGAUAAGCUCAGCAGACUAUGGGUGCAGGGAUUCUAGGGAUCUGCGUAUUGAGGAUGAAUUCUCUACAGGCCUCAGCAGCAAACUUACUAGGAAGAAGAGCCUUGACUACCUGAAGUUCACUGAUGAUGCCGGGUUGAGAAAUAAAACAGAGAAUGAGAAGAACAGUCUGGAAGGUCAAGAGGACAACAAGGUCAGGGACUUGAACCAGGAGGUGGAAAAACUGAAGAAUCGCCUGAAGCAGUUGGAGCUGGUUGAGGAGGACCUGAAGAACACAGAGUCCAAAAAUUCAGAGUUGCUGGAGAAGUUCCAACAGGAGAAGAUCCGAAGCCAAACCCUUGCUGAGCAGGUUGAGCUGCUUAAGACGCAAGUCUAUGGCAGUGGAGGUGCAGGCAAUGGCACAGCUAAGGUCUUGGAGAAUGGCAAAGUGGAGAAUGAGGACAUCAAUGUCCGGGCAGGGUUCCGUCAGGAGAAGCCAAAAUACAGGAGCGCUGCUGCUGAGCCUUCCAAGUACAAGAGCCGUGAUGUCUCCCCACAGCAGAAGAGAGAACCUAAACUGCGGAACAAGGACCUUAGCCAAUCAGCAGAAAGUUCUCCCAAGUCCACCAGGAGGGCACUGAGUCCUGCACACAAAAGUAGACGAGCUCCAAAGGUCGGUGCCACCCCUGCCUCUGACAACGGCCUUAAAGAAAUGGAGAGAUCCGUUCCAGGCACUCAGGCAUCAAACAGCGACAGCAAGAAGGCAUCUGUUCUCAGCCGUUACCCACCUGCUGCUAAUGACCAGAAAUCAUGGAAGACACAGCAGAAAGCAAGUGAUGUUGACUGUAAGAAGAGCCGGGUAGAGAAGUUCUCCAAGUUGUAUGGCGGUAGUGACAGUGAGUCCAACAGUUCAGAUGUUGUGCCUGUGACUUCCAGUAAGGCUGUGGUUGCGCUUUCAGCCACAAAAGACCCUGACUCUGAGCAGGGGUUUGCAAAUCCUUCCCAGGAUUCCUCAGCUGUUUUGAGCCUCUCCAAAGCAAAUGGCUCCUACACUGCCUACCGGUCCCAUGUUUCCCCAGCUGUGGCUAGUGACCAUGGAUCUGAGGGGCACUCUUCAGCCUCAGAGAGUGAAUCCACUGGGUCAAGGCCAUCAGUAGGGGACCAGGAGUCUUUAUCUGCCACUGCAAGUGGCAGGUCCGCCAACCUGAAGUAUCCCAGAUACUCUCGGAUCCACUCGGAUGGGUCCUCGACUAGGAGCUCCUAUGAAGAAGAGGGGCACAGGGCUCUGAUGGCUGAAGGGGGCUUGCAGGAACCGUCCCACUCACUCUCAGGGAUGGAGAUCAAGAGGGUCUGCAGUCCUCGGGAAUCACUGAGGUCCAAGGCAGUAAUCAAACCAGCCAUCGUCGAGAUAGACCGUAAAGAGGUCAUGGGCGGGUCGGGUGGCGGCAUGGAAUCUCUGUCGUCCAGCGGCAAGCCCAAGAUCUCCACCAAACCGGUCCUGACCAGCAAGAUGACGAGCAGUAUCACCAUCUACCCCAAUGAUCCGAGCUCGUCCCGGACCAGCAGCAGGAGCAGCAGUGUGUGCAGUGAGCCAAUAGCAAAAGAGCGCCACACAUCUACCAGCAACAUCAUCAUUGGCCCCAGCAGCGAGAACCGUGGCAGCGUGUCCAUCCCAUAUGAAAUUUCCAUUCCCAAGAGUGACAUCACGCUCAGGCCAUGCCAGGAUGAAGCUGAUGACGAAGACAACAGUGUCCCUCCCAGCGUUGUGGAGACUGCCCGUGUGGAGACGCACCUGAGUUCCCGUAACAGCUUCAGCUUGCAGUCUCCGGACUUUAUCAAUGAUGUCGAGUCUGGCUUCGAGAGCAGCAGCAGUAGCAGCACCACGACAGUCACCAGUUGGAGGAGCCAUGGUCAUAACCACCACCAACACUCCCAGGAUGACUGCCUGCCCGAGAUGAGGAACGUCACCGUCCGUAGCACCUGGAAGAACCGUGGGGCCCAGUCUGUGGAUGAGGUCAGCCGCGUCCCUCGACUGGAUGGCUCGGAGGAUGAGUCGGAGUCCACCUGGAGGGCGUAUCGUGCCACCACGGUAUUGGAUGGAGAGGAAGCGGUUGCACCACCUCCUCCACAUAUGGAGGGGCGUGGAGGAAAGCUGAGCCCAGCUGAAGUUUACAUGCAGCGGAUCACCAGCAGUAGAGAUGCCCAGGAGCCAGGGCAUCCUCGUGUCAGGGCCACAGCAUCAUCACCCUCCGACAGUGGGCUGGGGAGGACUGUGCCCCACGAGCCUGUGAGUGCCAAGGAGCGCCAACUCUGGAGCCGAAAGCACUCUACAGCUACAGAUGAGGGUGAACCACAGGCAAAUCUGUGGAGAAGGCCAUCGCCCUCAAGCCUUGACCCUUAUGACCGGUCAUCCAAGACAGACAGCGGCAGCAGCGGCAGAACUACAAUGUCCAGCAGGAGUGUGGUGGGUCGUACUCCAGACCGAAGCAGGCCUUGGACCAACCGACACUUGGACAACUGACCCCACGGAGGCCGCCUCCUUCGCUCCGUCGAGGCACUCAGCCGGCCCUUAUAUGCUGGGAGUGAACCUCAAAUGCACCAUUUGGAAAACAUCAAUGGCUCUCUUCAACAACAACAACAACAACAACAACAAAAACACUUACACACUUCCCUCGGCUUUAUUUUCAGAGGCAAAAGCUCUUGCUUUAAGUGUCUUGUGAGUGUUUGAUCGGCUUCAGUACCCCCUCCACACACGCGCCUAUAUAACAGCCUCUGAGUGCAACCACCUAAAAAUGGACAUCAGCCAACUAUACAGCUCCCCGAAGAGGAUGGAUAUAUGUAACUCCUCACAUCUGACAUGGGAGGGAAGGUGUGUGUGUGUGUGUGUGUGUGUGUGUGUGUGUGUGUGUGUGUGUGUGUGUGUGUGUGUGUGUGUGUGUGUGUGUGUGUGUGUGUGUGUGUGUGUGUGUGUCUGUGCAUCUGUGUGUGAGAGAGAGUGAGUGUAUAUGAACCAGGCAGAAGUGACAACUGAGAGAGUUUAGGAUUCUGGGAUUGGCCCCCGCCUGAGGGAUGAUGAACAUUGCUGACCUCACACUAGACUUGAGGUGAGAGCUGAUUGACAGUGAUGGACUCUUGACAACAAUGCUGUGGAUGAUCCUACCAGGCCAUCAAAUGGAUUGUGCUCAUUAAGGGGACACUCAAGUCUUUUUUCUAUGUUUUUUUAAUCAUGCCUCACAGCCCACAUUAAUCCACAUCCAUUGUCAGUUUUGUUUAUUUUGUUUAGCUGUAUAUCCUCAGUUGGGUGGAAUGGGCACCUCUGGGUAGUUUCUUUUUUUUUUGUUCGGCCCUAAAAUGUCACUUAGCCCCAGCACGCAUCCAAAUGCACAGAGGAUUUGUUAAUCUCCGUCUGGGGGCUAACUCUACAUCCGUGGCCAAUGCAAGCAGCACAUCUGCCUGGGUUUUCCUGCUCUUAAUUACUAUGAUGACACAUAAAACCAUAAACCCCAACGCAUCUCAGUUUGAAGCAAAAUUGGGGAAAGUCAAAUGAAACUGAAAGGUUUGCCUUUAAUUUCACCAGCCGUUUUCAUGUUUGGUAAGUCACCGUGUUAUACAAAUUAAAAGCACCAUAUUUCCAUGGCAAGGAAAGUGCUGGCAUUUCCAUGAUCUCUAAUUAGGCUCUUAAGUUGAGCACUGCAUUGGUGAUGGAGCAGAAAAGACCUUGAUAUCCUGUAAGCGUGCAGAUGGAUAGUGAUGUGGCAAGUCUGAGAGGGCAUGGGGUUUGUUCCAUCACUCAGCUAUGGAUGUGUUAUAUCCGCAUUCAUCCCUGUUAAAGGCUCACGGGCUGUAGACUUGUUCUUUUUUUGAAAAUGUUUCAGUCAUUCUUUCUUUGGUUAUAUCUCCAAAUGACUGUAGACAUCUAAUACAUGCUUUUCUCCUAUCAUCACACUCUCUCUCUCUACAAAUCUCAGACAAAUACUGAGAUUGAAAAUGAAAAAAAAUGAAAAAAAAACAAGAAAGAAGCCACUGGCUGUGUGUUGGAGACUAUUCCUUUAGCUGAUCUCUGUAGAGGAGGAAGAGGGGGAGUGAUCAUCGGCACUCCUCACAAUCUCUCCAGUUUCCAAAAGGACAUAUCCAUCUUCUCUUCUCCUUCCCUCUACUCCUCUUUGACCACCAGUGAAGCUGCCUCCACAGCAUGCACCUCUUCACCACCAGAAGAGGUCUACAGUCCCUUCCUGAUAGUGCUUUGAGGAUGGGUGUCUCCACUCCACCAAGACUUCAAUAGCGGAGACUGGAGGUUGGAGGCUGUGCCAUGGCCAGUGCUUAUAGGUGCUGCCGCUCAACUUGAACUGGAUGUAUUUGUUUUGUUGUUUUUAUUUGUUUUUCUCCUCUCGCAAACUUUGCACAGACAACCGAGAGUGGACUUCCCCCCCAAUCAGAUGGCUCAUUAUCCCCACAGGGGGUGUGGCGGGCCACAGGAAGGAAGUCCAAGUUUGGGUGGAGACUGAGUCAGUGCAGAUGUGACUGGGUUCGCAGCGCGAAUCGACAAGUAUCUAAUUUUUUUUAUUUUUUAUUGUUUCCUCUGUAUCUCUGUUGUUGUUGUUUAUGCUUCCAUUUGAUCCAUUAGUCUCUCACAGGGCUGUGGUACCUCGUAUGUGGAGAUGGUGUUGAGAUUGGAUAUUUGACAUGGGUUUGACACAAAUGCAAGAUUCUUAACAGUAUGGUCAGUUGCUGCCAAAAGGUUGAACAAAUGAGCAGUUACUGCAGGCCAUCAGACAGGACAGUCACUCUGGACAGACCUCACAUCAGGGAUGUAGAGGUGUGUGUGUGUGUGUGUGUGCGUGUGUGUGUGUGUGUGUGUGUGUGUGUGUGUGUGUACUCGUUUAGCUGCAUUUAACCUGUCAACAACCUUUUUUUCUUUCUUCUUUGUUAUCUCUGAUGUUAUGCCGAUGUAGAGAAGUUUGAGAUUGAUGGUAUGAACCCCAGGCCACUAGGUGUGUGUGUGUGUCAUAGAGAGUACAUCCCAAACACAGGUGCCCUUUUAGUUUGUUAAAUGUGUUCCGGCGAACAUAUCAGGUGUCAGCCUAUUUCAGACUAGCAGGUAGCCAGGCUCCAUCCACUGCAUGGAUGAAACACACACACACACACACACACACAGUCCUGGUCCCUCUUUUAGAAAUGUUCACCCUGCUCCUCACAGCAUUCCAGUUUAAUUCCUUGCAGCGUUUCCAGUUUAAACUGGGUCCUGUCCCCUCAACCUGUCGCUAAAUAUACACCGUACCCCCCACCCCACCCAAUACCACCCACCCACCCUUGUGUCAUCUGGCACAGUUAGCACAGGGAGAGGAUGGGGCAGCACAACCUUAGAAGAAAACAAUACAUUUUUGGUUUGAAUAUAGGAUAAUCUCUUCUUGUUUUUCAUUGAUCUACUUUUCAAUAUUAUUCCAGUACUGCUGGAUUUUGGAAGUGCCUGUUUUAGCCCUGGUCAGAUUGAAGAGUGUUGACCCUGUAUAGAUGUAUAGACUGUGUGCAUUGUUGGACACUUUCUUGAGCCUGCCAGAGUGGGUAGCAUUACCCUAAGCCAGCCCUCCUCAGCAAAAUGCAGUCAUUCAAGAAAUGUGCUCCUACACUUCCACCCCCGCAUAAGCCUCACUGCCAAAGUUGCUUUUCUAUUCCUAUUCAGACCGUGUGGUGUUGCUGUCUGUCUGCCCUUGUGGUUCUCUGCACAUUGAACCAGCAGUAGUCAGGCACUCCCCCAAGUCUCACACCCCCAGACUCUAUUAGCAUUCUACUCUCAUGUGUCACACCACCCCAUCAUCAUCACCACUACCACCAAAAUACCCCUCCCCCUCCCAAAUACCCACAAUGACCUAGGCUGGCCUAGCUGCUCCUGCAAAUGGGCUGGCUUAGACCUGGGCCAGGUUUGGGGCUUGACACACCCCCUGCCUACCCUCCAAUGGGUGGCUGGCUGUUGAGGGCCAAUCCUGUUCUUAUUUUGAUUAGUGUUUUCCCCCGGAGAUCUUUUGAGGGUCUAAAUACAGGAGGAGGCUGGACAGUUUGGCAGGUGUAUCCACCCCAGGCAAUGGGGGCAGUUUGGCAGCCUUGAGGGUACAGUGACUGCAGGGGGUGCAGCUUAACAGCUGCUUCCAACCUCAAACCAGGCUGCAGAGAGAGAGCUGAACUGAGCAUCCAGUGCUACCGGCCUCUGGUUGUUGGAAUUUGCUUGCUCUCCCUCCCUCUGUCUCAGUUUUCCUGUUUCCUUCUUUCUGUUUGUCUUUCUUUCUCUCUCUCUCUCUCUCUCCCUCUCUCUCUCUCCCCCUCUCUCCCUCCCUCCCUCUGCCAAGUGGGCCUAACUGCAGUGGCUAUACAUUAAUAUGGCAUUUAAUGCACAGCUUCCUGAACCUGAAUUGUCUGCUCAGAGAGGACCGAGAAAGCAUGCACACACACACAAACACACACACACACACACACACACACACACAGAUGCAUGCAUGCAUGGCCGGCAGCAAGCCUCCAGUCUGUAUCUUGCUGACCCCAGAGCAGCCUUUAAUUCCCUCCGCCUGCUGCAUGUGCCCUCAGGUGGGGGAGUAGCAUUGACAUGCCACCAGGCUCCCCAGAAGUGUGCAACUAUUGGAAACUGUAGUUUUAACGUGUUCCAAGAUUCCUCUUAGCCAAAUGGCUUAAAAAAUGGUGCCUUCAUAAAGGUUGUGUGUGUGUGUGUGUGUGUGUGUGCCAGAGAGAAACUGGCUGCUUUCACUUCACCUCUCUCCCCCAAAUAAACACACAUUCACAAACAUGUAUACGCAUGUACACACGCUCACAUUUUUAACCCCCUCCCCCACACACACACAUACACAUACUUAAGCAGUUAUCCUGUCAUCACCUAACCACACCACACUGUGCUGUUGCAGAGACACACCCACCAAUAUACCCCCCCCCCCCCUUCCCAUAUAUAUCCAGUGCUGCAGCAGGUUGCAGAGGACUUUCCAAGAACACAACCUGCAAGGGCUGACCAAAUGCUCCUCUGUUUUAGUGUGCAACAGUUGUGCUUGUUUGCUGAUUCUCAUCAUCUACUGAAGCCAUUUCAGCUACCAGUGCAAGUCCUUUACAGCCCUGUAGGUUCUCCAGGGAUAGCAUUUCAAACUCGUCUUUUUUUGUUUGUGUUAUUCUCCUGAUUCUCUCUCUCUCUCUCACUCUCUCUCUCUCUCUCACACACUCUCUCUCUCUCACUCACACACACACACACACACACACACACACACACACACACACACAAACACCGUCUUUUAGAAAUGAAUCUUGAAUGUAGGCAACUUAGCAGCAAACAGGCACCGUUGUCCUAUGCUCACACCCUGAAUUGAUGAAUUGGCAUGUGUCCUCAAUGGCAGCCAUUAGAAAGGAUGUGCCAUGGUGUCAGUGGACCUCAGGGCCACUAUUCUGCACUUAACCAGCACUUAAAAGACCCGUUCAAAAUAAAGCCCCUUUUAUUUCUCUAUCUUAACAUGUUGUUUCUCUCUCUCACAUAUCUUUUGCAUUUGUUGUAGAAGUAUAUAUUACACAUUUGUUCCUAUUUACUGAAUGUAUGGCCAUCUGAGAUAUGUGUGUAUAUAGUAUGUGUAUUUGUUUUGCACUGGCCAAAAGGAAAUUCAUUAAAUUGCUUGGAGCAAUUGCAGGACAGUUCCCUGAGGGUAGUUGUGGAUUUGUUAAGUUUGUUGUACAGACGACAAAAGUGCUAUUUUUGUUUAAAUUGUCAUCGUUUCUUUAAAGCACGGUGCUUUGAUUUGACCCGUGCCUCUACCUUCUAAUAUUUGUGCCAAAAUCAUUCCAGAAUAUAUCCAGUUUACAGUUUAACAGGUCUGUUCAGUUGUGUUGGAAUAAAGGGUAAAUAUUUGAUUUUGUCUUUCAUUUAGUAAACUUAACUUGUCCAUCGUUGUGUGACGAUGUACAUUUUUUUUUAAAUGAAAAAGAUGUCUUAUUUUGGAACAUGUAUUGGAGAAGUUUUAUUUAAAAGAAAAUCAUGUAAUUUUGUAAAAUGGGCCUACUUUGAUAUUUUGAGUGAGUUUAGUUUCCCUUUUUAAUGUUAAGAUUGUUAUUUUUGUCAUUCUCUUUAAUACACUCCUGGAGAGUAAUUCUUGAAUGCAUGGGAUCUCUCAAACCCUGCGGGUGUGUUUUGGACUGUGCUUAGACCAGAUAGAAUGUGUUAGAGAUCUGAAUGUGAGAGUAAGAUCAAUCGGAUGGAUGGAUGUGAUGGAUCAGUCAACUGAAUGAACAGUGUUAUUGGAAGUUACUUUCCUAGUAUUGGUUGUCUCAUCAUCUGUUCUAGGGAGCGUCUCCUGAAAGUUUCGUUGUGCAACUAGCAUCAUUACAGGUCCAUCAUGUUAUCUGGACUGUCUCUUUGUUUGCCCGGUGAUACGCUGAUGCUUUGUGGAGAUGCGCCCCCAUGCAGGAGCUGCUCUGUGUUCUUGCUCAUUCUGGGUCUCCCUGCCCACCCUACCAGUCCAUCCAGCCCCCUGGGUUGGCUCACAACAUACUGUGUGCAAGAGUGCUGCCAAAGAAAGUCAGGUCUCACAUACACGCACACACACACACAAACACACACACAACAAACAAACAAACAAACACACACACCACAUCUCACCCAUGCAUUCUGGACACAAGGAAAAACAGCCCUGUACAACCUAAUAAGGGAGUUUGACAUGAACAUAGGGUAUGUGGUUUGUAUUUUUUAUUAAAGCAGUGUUUGUAAAAUGGAUAAACCCACAACAGUCUCCAUGGGGGUGGGGGUGGGCUAUGACAAUGAGGAUAAAACUGCAAUCUGAACAAAUUGGCGAGCAUAUUGUUGCUUAGUGCUUCUCUGUAUAUCAGCAAUAGAGGGUCGCUAGUGUGACCCGCUUCUCUGUUCUGGUAAUUCUUUGUGCAUGUAUAAUCUUACCAUGAGCUGCAUGUAGGACUCUAAGCUCCCCCGCUGUACAGGAGACUAUGUAUUCCAGUUCAAUAAAAAGCAACCUAUUUGUAACA